UGUGUGUAUGCGUGUACAUUCCGUCCUGCUUCUGUGCUCCCGGUAUAUUCUUCUGCGUACUCCCUCUUCAAACCCCUGUUCCACCCUUGUCGAUUUGUCUGUUUCGCUCAACGCGUGCGUUUCAUACAAGGGCCAUACUAAAGUUGUGCCCUCUCGUUCGGUUGCACUGAACCCGAAUUGGCCAAUCGUGGUGUGUGCACACAUCGCGGUGGCUGUAGUUGUGUGAGUGUGUGCAGUGUGCGUACCAACGUGUGUAUGUGCUGCUGGCCUGCUGUGUGUAGUAGGAUGGAGAAGAACGUACGUGAGCCGCAUGCUCUUGGUCGUCGUCUCGUGCUUUAAUAGUGAAAAUCGCGUGUUUUUCACGAAUUUCAGUGAACGAAUGUUGCGUGACGGUGUGCGAACGGAUGCCCAGUCCCGCUUGCUGUGUUCCGAACCGGUAAUGUAAACUCGAUGUGCGGGAAAACACGUUCCCGCAUCAUUCCGGCUGUACGCGUAUGACACUUGUACUGCCGACGACGUAAAAGUGAAAUAAGCACGCGUAAGAGCACUGGGGCGGGGAGGGCGCUAGUCCUUGUAAAUGAAGUGUGCUGUUGUGGUAGAUAUUCGCUGACGUCGCCACAAGAAGUCGGUAGCUAGAAGAAACGACUGGAAACAAAAACUUCCCGUACGAGAAGUCGCGCGAAAUACGGUUCAAGUAAGCACAAGGGCAGCAGUUGUGCCUGCGUGUGUACGUGCGCGAGUGUGUGUGUGCUUGUGAGUUGGUAUUGGUAACGGGGUGGUGUUGGAAAAGUAGCCGCGCGAAAAGGCCGACUCGAAAAACAGGUGAAACUUUCCCAGAAAGCAAACACAGGAUAGGAAGUCCUUUUGCGUAUCUUCCUGUGGUCAUCGUUCGGUGUAAAGUAAUUUCGCUUCGCCCCACGAAACGACGGGGCAAUGCGCAUCCAAAUGGUCUGCGAUUCGACACCAUCGCUAGUGAGUGCGGCAAUACGGGAUGCGUUGCACUCAACGGGCGGCAACACGGCGAAUGGUCGCACUGUUACGGGACACGGUUACGGCACGACGAGUUCCUCCAACAGCAACGGUGUCACAGUGAACGGCAGUGGAUCGUCCAGCGCACAUCCGACUGGUACCAGCAAACAGCAGCUCCCGUUCCGGCGGACGAUAGCGGCCCCAAUCGACACCGAAUACGACCAGUAUGACGAACCGGAGGACGGUGGACCGAACGAUUUGGUGGAAUCCAUCAGCCAAUCACUGCGCCAGGGCCAGCAGGUGAAGCCGAUAACGUAUGAGGAAGGCCCAAGCUACACCACUAGCCUGGACAAACUAAAGUCCAAAUAUAUCGUCCUGAAAGCGGCAACCCCGACCACCGAUUCCACUGCCUAUGGUGCUGGAACGCUAAGCAAUUCCAACACAUCUUCGCCGUCGUCGUCGCUGUUCGGUGCUGGGCUGUCCAAAGCAAGCACAGGUGGUGGAGCACCGAACGCAACACCGCUAACCAUGAACGGUGGCGGUUCUUUGAAGUUCUCAGCCUCCUCACAAUUGCCCAGUGCGGCCAAAUCGUCCGGCAAUAUACCUCAACAACAACAUAAUGGCGUCCCUGCCUCCGCCACUAGCUGCAGUACUGCCGCCGGAAGGAUGGACACCGCCACCAACACAACACUGCCCACACCGAAGCGGACACUGUUCCCCCGUGAGAGCGUACAGAUCGGGUGGAAAACGACGGGCCGGAAAUGGUUGGUCGGAGCGGGUAUGAUGAAUAUGGGCAACACCUGCUACCUGAACUCGACGCUGCAAGCUCUGUUUCACGUGCCUGCCAUCGCCAACUGGUUGCUGUCGGACGAACCACACCGAAUGAAGUGUGAUGAUGGAGGUUCCGGCGGUAGCUGCAUUAUCUGCGCGAUGGCCAAAACGCUACUCGAAUCACAGACGAACCAUACCGCCUUCCGGCCCUACCUGGUGUAUUCGAAGCUACGGCUCGUCUGCAAGCAUCUAGUGCCGGGCCGGCAAGAGGAUGCCCACGAGUUCCUGCGCUAUCUGGUGGAAGCGAUGGAAAAGUCUUACCUCAAUCGAAGCAAGAACAGCAAGGAGUUGGAUCAGUACAGCAAAGAGACCACUCCGCUGAAUCAAAUUCUGGGCGGAUAUUUACGGUCCGAGGUGAAGUGCUUGUCCUGUCAGCAUGUGUCGACCACGUUCCAGCACUUUGAGGAUCUGCUGCUGGACAUACGGAAAGCGAAUUCGAUCGAUGAAGCGCUGGAGCUGUACUUUGCGCGCGAACGGCUCGAGGAGAUGGGGUACAAGUGUGAGGCGUGCAAGCGGCGUGUGGCGGCCACGAAGCAAUUUUCCCUAGAACGUGCUCCGUUUGUGCUGUGCAUACAGCUGAAGCGAUUCUCGAUGCUUAGUGGCAAGAUCAACAAGCACGUUGAGUUGCGUUCCAAGCUGGACCUGACGCCGUACUCAUCGCCCGCCAUGCGUACGAAUGGUGGGAAGCUUACGUACCGGUUGACGUCGAUGGUAACGCAUCUGGGGAGCACGCAGCACUGUGGCCAUUACACUGCGAUCGGUCACACGGAUGCGGCCGGGUACCAUGUGUUUGAUGACAGUUCCGUGCGACCGAUUGGCAUCCAGAACGUGAUGACCACGAACGCGUACAUUCUGUUCUACGAACUGGAGAGUGUGGCGGCGGGAGCGAUCGGACUACCGAACGGGACCUGUCGACCGAAGGCGACCGUAAGCGUGGGACAACCGAGCAGUACGGCUACGCUCACGUCGAUGGGACACCUGAGCAAUGGAACCACACCGACGACGGGCGGCGGGCUAGGCAGUGGAGCCAGCGGGAGUAGUAACGGUAGUGGUGGAGGGGGGAGUGGUGGCACGCCCGGAAAAGCCAUUAACUCAUCGCCACUCCGGGUACUCGGUACUGGCGGCGGCAAUGGAUCUGCUAGUGGCCUCUUCCCGAGCAAGCUGGAACAGAAGCCUGGCCUUAUUGGGCCAGUGCUACCAUCCGCUCAACCGACCUCAACGGCCAGCCCAUCCGCAGCAAUCGGAGCAACAGUCGUCAGCACCACCACCGGGAAGGCGACCGGGAGCGCUAGCAGCGGCGGUAGCGGCCAAACAACGACAACCAGCUUAACCUCAUCGGCGAGUGCUUCCGGCAGAGAGAUGGCAAUAUUUUCCUCUCCUUCCUCGACUGCCUCAACCCUGUCAAAUGCGUCCCCGCUUAGUUCGCCCACAAAACAGCAGGAGUCAUUGGCCAGCAAGAUUCCCAAGCUUCCCGACAUAAACGCGCGCGCCCUGAACGGUACUGAAAAGGGCGAAAAGAUGCAAAAGGGCAAGUCUUUGUCCACCCCGCUACUUGCUUCGAUGCCGAAGCUGAACUCUCCCAACAAAGCGUCGGACAGUAACGCUAACGGGGGGUGUGCCUCCUCCUCGUCAGCGGCCGCGGCUUCCGUGAUUAGCUUGGUACCGUACGACAGCGAUGAUACGAGCAGCAGUACCAGCGAGGACGAGGAUGAACAACCGCACAGUAGUAAAUCGAUCAUUCUUACGAAUGGCACCAACGGUGGCAGUACGGCAGCAAAGCGUGCCAAGCAACUGCUUCCUUUUGCAUCGAACGGCAAACGCAGCGCCGCGGUGUUGAAGAACAUUAAACCUGAGCCGGAAGAUGAGGAUGACGAUGACGACGACGGGGAUGAAGAGGAAGAUCGUGCCGGUUCGGCAGCAUCCCGUUCGCCGCAGAUGAUCAAAACCAAGGCAGGUCUUUGGCGGGUCUCGAACAGCAGCACGGCCGAUCAGCUCAGCUAUCCGGACAGUGGUUCGGCCUCCUCAUCCAAAUCGUCCUCCCCAGCAACUUCCGGCGUUUCCUCGCCCACUAACUCACCCGGCCAGAAACCAUGCUUGAAGCUCCCCCUAAAGAAUGGUGAACCGGCGUCAUCCUCACUGAGCAAUGGCCAUCAUCGCCCAGCGACACAGCACAACGGUGUGAGCAGCAAUGGGAAAGGGAGCAAAUCCGCCUCGAACGGAUAUCACCCGAGCAACGGUACAGCGGGAAGUCGUUCUUCGUCGCCCAGUGGGGAAGGAAAGGGGAACGGUUCAUCGUCGGCCGUUCAAAUGCUGAUGAAGUACUCCCACCGUGGUUACGGUGCACCGGUCAAGAGCUGGAACGGUCAGCAAACGGCAAUGGAACGGGAGCUAGCAAACGAACGGCGCGAGGAACGCAAGCGACAGAUCGAGGAGGACCGUGAAACGGAAAUGGAUCGAGGAAGGGUGAAGAAAACGAAGGGAGGAGCAGGUGGCGCUAGCGGUGGUGGUGGAAAUGCCGGCGGAAGCAACCCGUUCCAGCAGUACCAGAGUCAGGGCGGUGGAGGUGGUGGUGGUAAGUGGAUGGGAAAUGGCGGUGGUAACCGGAAUCACUUCAACAACCACCAUCAGAACAACUAUCGUGGUGGUGGUGGUGGAGGCUAUUAUCAGAACGGAAACGGUAACCGGCACCAUGGCGCUAGUGGUGGGUUUCGCACCGGUGGAAGACGUUUCGGGGGUGGUGGAGGCGGUCGGAACGGUGGCGGAUUCCACGCGAAGGCUCAUCAUCACCAUCAGCGCGGUGAACCGGGUAGCGGCAUGGCUGGUGGUGGUAGCGGUAGCAACGGGUUUUAUCAUCGAUAGAAGCAAUGAAACCCGCGGGCGAAACUAGGAGAGAGAGAGAAUGAACCAGAGAUUGACUGGCCGAGCUGGAUUGUCAUGGCAACCGGCGGCGAGGUGAAACAGCAACGCACGAGGGAAAAGCAACCACACCACAAAUGAGUAAACGAAAAUGUUUGCAAAAGAGUUUAGUUAGUGUGUGUGUGUGUGCGCGCGUGUACGCAUUUUAAUGCUGAUCAUCAUCCUCCCUCGCAUCGCACCGUUUCCCCUUUGCAUUCCCGUUGAUACCAACCGGGAGUUUUUGUUUUGUUUUGUUGUUGUUUAUUUUAAAAAUAGCAGAUCCAUCCUUCCUGCUUAAUUUAAUACUGUUCAACACCCGCAAUAAAGGAAGCAACCGUUCGAAGAAAAGCUAUGACAAAUGGGUCAGCGAAUGCCUAGCGUCUGUAGAGAGAGAGAGAGAGAAAAAAAAAAGGGGAAACUACUUCUACUACUACCACUACUACUUACUGCAUUUGUAUGGCAAAUUGUGUGUACAGGAAUUGUCCAAAAGAGGUAGAAAAACGAAACGAAACAACAGUGAACAGUGCAUAUGAUAGACAAAAGAAAAAAAAACAAUGGAACAACGCACUACUACUAUUGUGCAAGAUCGAGGGAAGGUAUCGCUAGUUUGUAGUUUGUACAUAGAUUAUGCCUAUUUUUAAUCAAAUACCCAACCGCACACACACACUGGUAUAUGCAAACCCGUAAGAAGAAGAAGACACAGGAGCAAGGACUAGAAACUUGUAAGAAGAAUCUAAAUAAAAACAAAAUGCUGUACAAAUGGAUCGCUUUACAUCCGUAGCGG